UUUCUCCCUCUCGUUCCUGGAAAAAGUAACCCCCCCCCCCCGGGGGGAUUGCAUAUUCUAGGAUCUCAAAAUGUCUAUAUCCGAACACGCCACGUGGGCACUCAACUUGAAUGUUAUCAUUUGCCUGCACAUCUCGAACUCGGUGGCUCUUGUAACGCUUUUAGCCACUGUCACCAAAUUUCUCUCUCUUCAUUGUGCCUUACAAGUCCGUGAGCUGUUUGUUUGUUGCUCUCUUUCCGCACUUUUACAUGCUGCUCCGGUAUUAAUCUGAGUCUGUCGGUUCGCAGUUUUCGUCAUUUUCUCGCUUCCUUCAUGUGACCCUUGCUUACUCUACCGCUUCUUCUGCUUCUUCUCUGUGUCGUCAGGAUUCGUAUAACUCUACUGUUUCUCUGGCAUUUGGAUUUGAACAGUGAAGGCGAGAUUGGAGGCGUGAAUUGCAGAGUUUCUUCGGCAUUUCCUUUGAAGUGAGUAAGAUGGGAGGGACGGUGGUAGACGGGGACGAGGAUGGAGUUGGAAGGAAGAGGAUAAAUAUUGGAGUAUGCGUUAUGGAAAAGAAGGUUUUCUCGGCGCCUAUGGGGCAGAUUCUCGAUAGGUUACAGGCAUUCGGUGAAUUUGAGAUCAAACUUUUUGGUGACAAGGUCAUCCUCGAGGAUCCAAUAGAGAGCUGGCCAGUAUGUGAUUGUUUGAUUGCUUUCUAUUCCUCGGGAUAUCCCCUUGAAAAGGCUGAAGCUUAUGCUGCUCUUAGGAAACCUUAUCUAGUAAAUGAACUGGAUCCGCAGCACCUUCUUCAUGAUCGAAGGAUGGUAUAUGAGCGUCUUGAGAUGUUUGGAAUCCCUGUUCCAAAAUAUGCCCUUGUAAAUAGGGAAUUCCCGUACCAAGAGUUGGAUCAUUUUAUUGAGGAGGAUGAUUUUGUUGAGAUUCGUGGUAUGCGUUUUUGGAAGCCAUUUGUGGAGAAACCUAUUAAUGCUGAUGACCAUAGGAUAAUGAUAUACUAUCCCAGUUCUGCAGGUGGAGGUAUGAAGGAAUUGUUUAGGAAGGUUGGAAAUCGAUCAAGUGAGUUCCACCCAGAGGUGAGGAGAGUAAGGCGUCAAGGCUCCUAUAUAUAUGAGGAAUUCAUGCCAACUGGAGGGACUGAUGUAAAGGUUUACACAGUAGGCCCUGAAUAUGCUCACGCUGAGGCAAGGAAGUCUCCUGUUGUUGAUGGUGUUGUUAUGAGGAAUCCGGAUGGGAAAGAGAUAAGGUAUCCUGUGUUGCUGACACCUGCUGAGAAGCAGAUGGCAAGAGACGUUAGCAUUGCAUUUAGGCAAGCGGUUUGUGGGUUUGAUCUCUUGAGAUGUGAAGGACGCUCGUAUGUUUGUGAUGUGAAUGGAUGGAGUUUUGUCAAAAACUCUCACAAGUACUAUGAUGAUGCAGCUUGUGUGUUGCGGAAGUUGUUUUUAGAUGCAAAAGCACCUCAUCUUUCUUCAGCGAUCCCACCAACUUUACCAUGGAAAGUAAAUGAGCCAGUCCAACCUUCAGAGGGACUAACUCGUCAGGGUAGUGGUAUAAAUGGCACUUUUGGACAAUCUGAGGAACUACACUGUGUGAUUGCUGUUAUUCGCCAUGGUGAUAGAACUCCUAAACAGAAGGUGAAGAUGAAGGUUACUGAGGAAAGGCUUCUUAACUUAAUGUUGAAAUACAAUGGAGGCCGACCUAGAGCUGAGACAAAACUAAAAAGUGCUGUUCAGUUGCAAGAUCUGUUAGAUGCCACGCGGAUGCUAGUGCCUCGUACUAGACCAGAUCGAGAAAGUGAUAGUGAGGCGGAAGGUGCUGAGCAUGUUGAGAAGCUCCGUCAAGUUAAAGCAGUUCUUGAGGAGGGUGGGCAUUUCUCUGGCAUAUAUAGGAAGGUUCAACUAAAGCCACUAAAGUGGGUCAAAGUUGCAAAAAGCAAUGGUGAAGGUGAAGAAGAACGGCCAGUUGAAGCUUUGAUGGUCCUUAAAUAUGGCGGUGUCCUUACACAUGCUGGCAGAAAGCAGGCUGAAGAACUGGGAAGAUAUUUCCGGAAUAAUAUAUAUCCAGGAGAAGGUACAGGGCUGCUUCGCCUUCAUAGUACAUAUCGACAUGAUCUUAAGAUUUACAGCUCUGAUGAGGGUCGGGUGCAGAUGUCUGCAGCUGCAUUUGCCAAAGGUCUUCUUGACCUUGAGGGGCAGCUAACACCAAUCCUGGUUUCCCUUGUUAGCAAGGAUUCCUCCAUGUUGGACGGCCUUGACAAUGCUAGUAAUGAAAUGGAAGAAGCCAAGGCUCGGUUGAAUGAGAUUAUAACUUCUGGUGCCAAGACAGUGCAUGAUAACGGAUCACCUGAAUUUCCUUGGAUGGUUGAUGGAGCUGGAUUGCCGCCAAAUGCAUCAGAAUUACCUCCCAAGUUGGUGACAUUGACGAAAAAGGUUACUGAACAAGUAAGAUUACUUGCUAAGGAUGAAGAUGAGAAACUUAAAGAAACAAACUCAUAUGAUGUAAUUCCUCCUUAUGACCAAGCCAAGGCUCUUGGAAAGACAAAUAUUGAUGUUGAUCGUAUAGCUGCUGGACUACCUUGUGGGAGUGAGGGGUUCCUUUUGAUGUAUGCUCGCUGGAAGAAGCUUGAGAGGGACUUAUAUAAUGAACGCAAGGAACGCUUUGAUAUCACCCAAAUUCCUGAUGUUUAUGAUUCAUGCAAAUAUGAUCUUUUGCACAACGCACAUCUCAAUCUAGACGGACUGGAUGAGCUCUUUAAAGUUGCUCAGGAACUUGCUGAUGGUGUAAUUCCCAAUGAAUAUGGGAUUAAUCCAAAGCAGAAGCUGAAAAUUGGCUCAAAGAUUGCUCGACGUUUAUUGGGUAAAAUUUUAAUUGAUCUGAGAAACACUCGGGAAGAAGCCAUCAAUGUUGCUGAAUUAAAGAGUAAUCAUGACCAUCAUUCAUCUUCUAUGGUAACUAAAAGGGAAGAUACAGAGGCAAAGUCAAAACUUUUCCUUAAGAAAGAUGACAUCAGAAAAUCCAGCGCUUUGAAUGAUUUAUCAAUGGAUCAAGAUGAUGAUGAAGAUAAGGAGAUCAAAUAUAGAUUGGAUCCUAAGUAUGCAAAUGUCAAGACACCUGACCGCCAUGUGCGGACCCGGCUAUACUUCACUUCAGAAUCACAUAUCCAUUCCCUCAUGAAUGUUCUUCGUUUCUGUAACUUGGACGAAUCUCUUCAAGGAGAAGAGAGUCUUGUUUGCCAUAAUGGUCUAGAGCGCUUACAUAAUACAAAGGAGCUGGACUAUAUGAGCUACAUCGUGCUGAGGAUGUUUGAGAACACAGAGAUGGCUUUAGAAGAUCCAAAAAGGUUUCGCAUUGAGCUUACCUUCAGCCGUGGUGCUGACUUGUCCCCAUUGGAGAAGGAGGACAGCGAGGCUGUUUCAUUACAUCAAGAGCACACUCUUCCUAUUAUGGGUCCAGAAAGGCUGCAAGAAAUAGGAUCAUAUCUCACAUUCAAAAAGAUGGAGGAGAUGAUUCGCCCAUUUGCUAUGCCAGCAGAAGACUUUCCUCCCCCAGCAACACCUGCGGGAUUCUCGGGCUAUUUCUCCAAAAGUGUACUUGACCGCCUGGUAAAUCUUUGGCCUUUUCAUAAGCAAGUCCAUCAUUCUAAUGGCAAGUAGCAAACUGCGGGAUUCUCGGCCUGUUUCUCUAACAUGUUGAAUGGCCUAUGCGAGCUUUGGCUCCUUUCCUUUGGGAAAAAAAUUUUGGAAUUAGCUAAAGUAUCCAUGGAAAAUUAGAAAUUAAAGUAGCCUUCCUUUCGUUAUU